AUGUGGAGAUCUACAUUUCCUUCAUCAAAGAGCUUUUCUUCGGAGUCUUUUAGAGAGACCCUGAGAAAAGGUUUUGAUUUACGUGAAGCUUUGGGACUGUUUGAGAAGAUGAUAAAUUUUCGUCCGCUCCCAACGAUCAUGGAUUUCACACAACUUCUGAGUGGGAUUUGCAAAAUCAAGCGCUAUGACCAUGCAAUCCGCUUAAUCAAGCGGAUGGAAAUCGCUGGAAUCGAACAUGACGUCUACUCCCUCAACGUGUUGAUAAACUGUUUCUGCCACUGCUCGCAGCAGCCUUAUGCUUUGUCUACACUUGCGAGAAUGAUGAAAGCUGGCCAUGAGCCCGAUAUGUUUACAUUCACCAUGUUGCUCAGAGGUAUUUUUCAGCAGGGAAGAAACAUGGAGGCUCUACGUUUCUUUGAGCAGAUGGUGGAUAUGGGUUACAGACCCAAUCUUGUGGCAUACAACACUGCAAUUCAUGGUUGUAUUUCCAGUGAUCUGUUUGCUCAAGCUGCUGGUUUCUUGUUGGAUAUGGGUAACAAUGGAUUUGAAGUGAAUGCAGUCACUAUUGCUACAGUUAUCAGCGGACAGUGCAAGCGAGGUUUAACUGCUGAGGCCAUAGGGUUUCUUAGAGAAAUGGAGAAAGACAACUUAGAGCCCAACGUUGUAGUCUACAGUGCCAUAAUUGACUCUCUCGCCAAGAACAAGUUGCUGGAUGCGGCAAUGCAAUUUUUCAACUGA